AUGGCAUCUCCGACUAACGCCCCAGGAAGUCAAAGCCAAACAUCCGUAUCUUCUGCAAAUCACCCAGAUCCUAUAAUUCAUGGGCGCGAAAUUCUUGAAACCCUGGUAUCACAUCUUCUUGCUUCUAAACGUUCCCUAUCAUCCAUCAGUACAGUAUGGCGUGCGAACGAAAUCGUCACCUCAGCAAAGACCGCAUUGGAAGAGAGCGUUAUACUGAACGCUAGGACAGGAUUCUUACAAAGUGGUAUUAAUGAGCAGAUGAAGGUCUUGAUGAAAGUUAGGAAUAGUAUAGAGUGCGUGUAUAAUGAUGGCCAGAAGGAUUUCAAGAAUGUCCUACAUACCCUCGAUGCCGCAAAUGCUCGACUUGAAUCUACAAUGGAUGUUCUAAGGUCAACAAUGGUGGAUGCGGCUUUUCGACCAGCUGGCGAGGAACCGAGAAGUUUGUUGGACUUUGUGGAUGAACAAGGUGUAGAAGGGAUGCGAGAUGGUUUGAAAGAGUUAAUUCGAGAGUCCAAGGAAACGCAAAAAGAAUUCGAUACAUCUCUACUUUCCUUUGAUGAUGAUCUACGCAGCUUGAGGUCGGGUUUCAAGAACACCAAAGUAUCGCCGCCAUCUUAUUCUCCAAUACCAAGUCACUUAGCAACAUUAGAAGGGCAUGCCCAGGAAAUGGCUGCGUUACUGUCAUCCCUUUCCAGUCAUUUCGACCUAUGCCUGAACGCCAUCAGACAUACGGAGGGAGGAUAUGCCGCUGUCAGAAAUGCAGCGUCUAAUCCACCACCAGGCGCUGAGCCAGUAUCCGUCUCUGGUGUAAUGAAUACCUCGCACGAUGACAUAAACGAAGAACCUCUUACUGAACACGAGCGUGAAGAAAUGCUCUUCGUUCUCGAGAAAGACGCUGCGGAAGUCGAAGAUGUGGUUAUGGAACUUCGCGAUCGCCAAAAUGAAAUGGAAAUCAAACAUGAUGCAAUCCUCGAUCACGUUUCACAUCUCACCGAACAAUUUAAACAAACUACGAGUAUAUACAAAAUUCUAGAAGGAGUGUAUGAGCGACUUCCGGGAUAUAUCAUUGCAGGUCAGGAUUUCCGUGCUAGGUGGGAGGAUACCAAGGCGCAGAUAUGUGGACAAAUGGAUGACUUGGAGGGAAUGCGACUCUUUUAUGAAAAUUAUCUUUCCUCAUAUGAUGGUCUCAUACUCGAAGUUCGGCGUCGUAAGGUCGCCGAGGAGAAAGCAAAGACAAUAGCAAAAAAGGCAAUGGAGCAAAUAAGCAAAAUAUACGACGCAGAUAUGAAGGAGAGACAUGAUUUUAAACAUGACGUUGGGGACUAUUUGCCCGUUGAUUUAUAUCCUGGCAUCAAUGCAGCAGCACCAAGAUGGGAAUUUAGAUUGAUGGAGGAUGAAGAAGCUGUAAAUAGUAGUCCUUCUUUAGAGAGGGAGUUGGUGGAGGUAUCUAGUAAGAGGGAUGGAGAGGCACAGGGAUAA